AUCCUAUUUAUAAUUCUCGGAAUUAUUGGAGUUAUUCUUCAAACCAACAAAAAUCUGCUUAUUACAUUUACAAUUACCUUUGCGGACAAAUUUUUCAGUGGUGUUGACAAUGAGAAAGCCAAAGAUGUGGCCAAUUUCAUUAUUGAGAAUGAUGUGCACACCUCCAUCUUCUUUAUUGUUGUCGGAUUUGUGGUCGGUGUUAUCUGCCUAAUAGGGUUUAUUGCUGCUUGUUGCUCGUGUGCUCAACUGCUUAAAAUGUAUGCUAUUGCUUUAACAAUAGCCGUUAUCAUUCAAGCCAUCGCUGUCGGCGUUGUCUUCGGCAUUCCGAGAUUUUAUCUUUCUGCUAUCGAAAGGUCCUUGGAGAAGGGCCUUAAACGCUAUAAUCCAAACACAGAAGAGGGAAAGUCUUCCGCCAAUGUAUGGGACCAUAUAAUGAAGGUAAAUUGA